AUGGUAGAUUUGAUACAAAUAUUGGAGAAAAUCGAUCAAUGGUAUCAAAAGGGAAUCGACGACGUGAUAUUAGUUGUGCAAACUGCCGCAUACCAGUUGUGAGUCGGAUUUUGUCAGUUUUGAAGACGGAAUUUUCGCAUUUUUCAGCAGUCGUUGGAUUUUAACUAAGAAGAAGCAGUUGUCGAUUGAAAACGAGGAAGAGCGGGAAGAUUUUAUGGAUAUUAUCGUGCCGCCGAAGAGAAAACUGUCUAUUGAUGACAAGAAUUCUUCUUUUGAAGACUUGAGAGAUAGCGGUGUGCAAACGGGGACUUCAGAUGAACAACUGACGUCGAGUUGCUCCGAAUCGACGGAAUCAAGCGAUGAAAGCCAACUAGAAUUGGAUGAUUCCGUGGAGAAAUGUGAACAUGAUGAGAAAAACCCCGCUCAGAUUACGUGUCCAUGCAGCUACAGACGGCUGCCCAGUUCGUUGUUUCCUUACCCGCAUCCUCCGAAUACCGCCUGUCCCUUCCGUUACAUUCGUUUGUCGGACACCUCCUCCUCCGAAAGCGAUGACGAUGACGUAAGCGAAAAGGAAUUCCUCCCGAAAAAGCAAGAUUUUGUGAGCUCUGCGCCGAUCAACGGGAUUCUGACGAUGCCUACUAAUGGCAACUUCUGCUCGUGUCUCAAAGGAAACCAAGAAUCCGCGUCAGAUUCAGAUCGAAGCUCAGCUUCUGAAAGUCAGCAGCAAGAGGCACCCGCUCAAGAAUCGACAUUAUCUUCUGCUAAACCUCCCAGCGGCGGUGCUUCCGAAUCGGAGAGUGACAACGAGGUUCGUCCCACAAUCUGGCCAUGAUCUGGCUAAUUCCAAUUUACUUUCAGAACGACGGAAAGGGAAAGUCGGACACUUCAGCGGAAGAAGAAAUCGAUACGGACGACGAAGAAUCCAAUAAACUGGACGACGCUCGUCUCUCAGAACCAGGCACUUCAUAUGAUCCUCAGUCACAAGAGGGGACGUCUGCUGGGCCUUCCGGCUGUCCAGAAUUGGAGAAUGAUGAGUAUUUAGAGGUGCGUCGGAUGAGUUAAUAAAGUAAAUAAAAACUGCAUCUCAGAAUCAAUUAGAAGCUCUGAAAAGACAAGAAGAAGUUCCUGAAAAUAAUCCGUCAAUCUUGGACGAGUUCAAACAUCUUCCCGUUUGGAAACGAUCAAAGCGGCGACCAAAUAAGCACUGGGCUCACUAUCUAAAUACCGGAACGCUGCUCAAACCAAACGGAACCCCUGGUCCCCACUUCUCAGUGUUCAAGGCGAUCGGACGGUACCCACCGGUUAGCGAGAAGGAGAAAAAGGAGGAAAAUCCGGUCGAAGAGCUUGAUCCGGAGGCGUGGAAGGAUGUGAUGGACCAGGAAGGCACCGAUUUAUAA